AUGUUACAGCUGUUUGUGACUUAUAAUCUCUAUGAGGAGAUGGAAGGCUGCUCACCACCCAGUUCUCGCAACAAGAGCAACAUGAGCGCAAGAGUAAGAUCAAGAUCCAGAGGGAGGGGAGAUGGUUAUGAGCCUUCAAAAGCUGCCUUACCUCUGGCCCAGCAAGAAAGAGAUGAAAGAUCCGAGGAGGAGUCGCCAGCUGAGAUUCUAGAUGUUGAAAAUAAUGAAGAGGAUGAAGAACCACCCAGAGUUCAAGAAGCUGAGAUGGAAGAUGCUGGCCAGGAAGAGGCUGCAGUUGAUGGUGGAGAUGGCCCAAAUGUGAAAGAGAAGGUUGUCUCUGAUCCAGUCUUUGGUAGGAAGCCAGAAGCAGGUGAUAGAUAG